AUGGUUAUUUAUUGUCAUCUUAUUUUAUGAAUUUUUGUUAACUCUUUACACAACUGUACUUUAAAAAUUUUAUAGACCUAUCUUAUCUUCUGAUAGUCGCUUAAAAAGGGGCUCGUCUUAGUUUCCAGAGAUAAGAUUCAGAUUUUGUUACGACAUUCCACUUUGUUCGAUUGCGUAGAACAUUUCAUGACCAGCGAGCCACUAGAGAUUUCGAAUAUAUGUAGUAGAAGAAAAACUAAGGGGAAAUAUAUUUUCAUUUUUAUCGAAAUAGUAAAGAAGAAAAAAAAGGCUUAGUCUAAAUUAAAUAAAAAUAUAAAUUUUGAAACUAUAUUUAUACCAUAGCAAGACUGCUAAGUUCUCGGAAAUAGGGGAACUAAGAAAUCAGGAUAAGUGGACACGGGUAUAUAAUAUCCAAGUUUAUUGGAAUCCGAGCAUCAUCAUCCAAAAAUGUAACUUAUAGAGCUGUUUGCUUCCUUAUCAACCGGAAUGCAAUGGAAUACGAAAAGUGCAAUGAAUGCAGAUGCCAGGGACUGAUAGGAGACCCCUCGGGACUGGCACUCGGUAUCAUUAUCAUGGCGUUAGUAGCUGAACGGACACGAGCCCGCGAGAGACUUGAAUCGAAAGCAGAAAAUAGCAUUCAAUACUUACUUAAUUACAAUGCAGAGCCAGACGAAUCUGAACUGGGGCAUUGCAGCGGCGGGCAGGAUAACGCAGGACUUUGUCACCGCCCUGGGCACGGUGGAGAAGUCCCGCCAUGUGGUGGUCGCUGUGGCCGAUGUGGAUGGCCAGCGUGCUCAGGAGUUCGCCCAGAGGAACCAGAUCCCCAGACACUACGAUGGAUUCGAUGCCAUGGCUCUGGAUCGCGAGGUGGAUGUGGUAUAUGUGGGCACCCUGAAUCCAUUUCACUAUGCCGUCGUCCAUCUGAUGUUGGCCAGGGGUAAAAAUGUCCUGUGCGAGACACCAAUGUGCCUGGGUUUGGAACAGGCCAAGGAGCUGUAUGCUUUGGCGGAGCAACGUGGAGUAUUCCUAAUGGAGGGCAUGUGGUCACGUUUUUUCCCCAGCUAUGACCGUUUGAGGGAACUGCUGAACAGCGAUGUCAUUGGAGAGGUGACCCAGGUGAAGAUCCAACAUGGCUUCCGUUUGGCCCACAUGGAACGCGUGUGCAAUCGCUCCCUGGGAGGCUCCAUCCUCAUGGACAUUGGCAUCUAUGCCCUGCAACUGGGCCAGUUUGUUUUCGGUGCUUCGCCCGUCAAAAUCCUGCCCAGUGGAACGCAAUUGAACAAGGAUCGGGUGGAUGUGCAGGGUGAGUUCAUGCUGGACUAUGGAGAUGGACGGAGAUUGGUGGCUUUGGUCACGGGACUCGAGAACCUGGAGAACGAUGCCGUCAUCACGGGCACCAAAGGCGAGAUUAAGCUGUCCAACUACUGGUGCUGCACUCUAUUGAGCCGCUCUAAUGGUCCUCCCGAAUCCUGGCCUCUGCCCCAGGCCAAGUUUGAUUUCCAUUACACAAAUACCUGCGGAUUGAGAUACGAGGCGGAGGAAGUGCGUCGCUGCAUAGAGAAACGUCUGCUGGAGAGUCCUAAAUUCACGCACGCUGAAAGUCUGGAACUAAUAGCCAUUACCGACGAGAUGCGUCGACAGAUUGGGGUCACCUAUGAGGUCUAAGCCUUAAGAAAUGAUAGAAAAAAUUUGUUGUAAAUAAAAAUUGGUAACUAAA